AUGGCGCACUCGAGAACGGGUGCGCGAGCGGUGUGCUGCGUCGCGAGCGGGGGGGUGUACGUGGUGCCGAUCGCGGCGAUGGCGCGCGGCGAAGGCGGCGGCGGCGGCGCGGCGAUGCGAGUGUUGGCGUCGAGAGGUCCGCGACCGGUGAGCGCGGUGUGGUGGUAUCGGAUGCUCGAACGCGAGCGGGAGGAUGAUGAGGUGGCGAUAUGCGUCGGCGUUGACGGUGAAGUUCGGGCGUGGGACGCGAAGAAGGGGGUGUCGCUCGGCGCGUGCGUCGUCGGCGGGAAGUGCGUCGGCGCGGAGAUAGCGCGAGGCGAAACGUCGCAGUUUCUCGUCAUCAACGGCGCUGAGGGCGAGGUUUGGACGCUGAUGCUCGAGUGUAUGACGCGCGUCGUUAAGACGUCGACGAGCGUUGAGAAGGGGGCGGCGCGCGUGGAGGCGACGAUCAAGGCGGAGUCGCUUCCGGACGCCGCCGGAUCGCACGGAUUCGCCGCGCACGCGUUGACGAAUGAGUACGGCGUGCGCGAGGGACGACGUGUGACCCUGAGCGUGCACGAAACGGGUGUAAAUGACGAUGCCCGUUCGACCAUCGCGGCUUUGAUCGAUCGCAAUCUUUUGGAGCUGUACGACGUCGACGACGCGGCGACGCCGAAAUCGACGCACGCGUUGCCGGAACACACCGUCUCCGUGCACGUGACUGAUGAUUUAAUCUUCGCCUUGGUUCGCGAACCGGUGUUUGGAGUCGAAGAUUUGAACGACAUCACAUCGUUCACCGCCUCCGUGCACGUCAUCGCUCGAAGAUUCGACGUCAGCGGCUCGACGUCGCUCACGCUUCAGACGUUUCACAUCCCGCGCUCCGCGGGUGUGCCGAGAAAGUUACUUCCGGGACCGGUCCAGGGUGAGAGUACGACCGGGCGGCGCGAAACGCUUCGGGGAUGCAUGGUUUGGACGUCGUACGGCUUGUACGAGAUUGAACCGUCGUCGGACGUUCAGUCCUCCCUUCGAAGGCUCUUGCUCGACGAUCGGCAGACUUUGACUCCGUCGUCGCUGAACGGCGAGGAGGACGAUUGGGAACCGAUCGAUAGAGUAAUGAAUGAUGAAGUGCACACAGUUGACGACAACGAGGAGCGCGUGAAGCUCCUCUCGCGCGUUUUAGAGGAGGAUUCCGUAGCGGUGUUCAUCGAGGCGGCGCGUCGCGAGCUCAAGCGACAGCGUUUCUCUCGAGCUCGUACGUUGUUCGGUAAAACGGGUAAACCUCUGAAAGAUUUCAUAGCGCUGAGCUUAGAGGUGUGGGAAGCAUCGCAAGCAUUGACGAACUUUUCCUCUUCGUCCACGGAGGCGUACGGUGGACACGCAAACAUGACUUGGUUGAAGACGGCGACGGCGGCGCAUGCGCAUUUGCACGCGUGGUGCAAGGCAUCGACCGCCGUCGCACUGAGCGCAGCGAAGGAGAUCAACGGUUCCCUUGAGGCACGAAUGAAAACGCUGAGCAUUAACCGGCAAGACUCAUCGCCUGGGCAAGUGGUGAACGAUCUCUUGAGCGUCAUCGGCGAAGGUGUUGACGAGAAGUGGGAUGAUCCCGAGCUUCGCGAGGCGGCGUUCUCGGCGAGCGCCGCCGUUGUCGCUUUCGAAGCGGCGAAUGCCGUGAGUGAGACAGUGAGUACGUCGUGCGCAUCGGACACGUAUUCCGAUCGUGUCAAAGAGCUGUUCACCGUUAUUUUAGCGUCAUCGUCUACCUUGGAGAGCCUGCACAUGCUCGGCGGGAUCACCGCGAACGCAACUAAGCACACCGCGUCCGACUCGGGCGGCGUGAUCGUUCCGUGGGAGCCUAAACCGUUGGUAUUUUGGGAUCCUAAUGUAACUUUCUACGUCACGGCCACGCAAAGUUUGGAUGAUUUGCACGACAUCGUUACCACUCUUGGUUUGCGCAGCGAUUAUUCAAACACGGCCGAGGCGACGCCAUUGGAGAUGUUGUACGACACUCUGACCAAAGACGAGCUCUCUUCGCUCGCGAGCAUGGCCAUCGCGGCGAAAGAAGACGGAGUUGUCGGUGCGUUUGAAGUAGAGAUGUCGAUUUUUUUCCGGCUCGAGGACGAGGACGCGCUGGGUGAGCGCAUCGAUCGCGCGCUCGAUGACAGUCCCGCCAUGUUCGCCUGGAUCAUCGCCAAGUGCGUGGAUAAACGAAAGUUUUUACUCGCGGAAGCCGCAGCGCUUAGGAUGGAAGAUUAUGCCACCGCUGCACUGUGUCAUGUGGCGCAUGUGCGGAAUCUUGCCGCCUCGGGCAACGCAACGCCGUCGACGCUCCAAGCCGAACUGGAGAUUGGCCUCGAGUCGUGCGUCGCUUUGAUCUCGUCAACACGCGCUCAAGUGAAAACUAUAGAAGGUCUCGCUAGAUGUUGGCGAGAACUCGGUCUCGCGACGGACGAGUUAGAGCGUGCGUUUUCAAAUCUUUUGUUACCGCGCGGUCACGCCGAGGCGUUGCAGAUCGUUUUGAAGAGCGAUAUCGGCUUCACAUUCAGUGGUCGCUUCGUCCUCGCCAUCGCGCGUCAGAGAAUUGCCGAUAACGAGGCCAAGUACUUGGCGAACGAGAGCGCGACUAUUGAAAACAUCUGGUCGCAGAUCAAGUCCGACGUCGCCAAACGAAUGGUUUCACCGGAGAUGGUGCAAACUAAACCAUUCAAAGCCGUGGAACUGGACGCCGUGAACGCCAGCGGGAUGCCACAGUGUUGGGCUUUUACGUGUGGGCAUCGAUACAGCAUUAAAGAGCUCAAAAACGAAGUUGCGAUCACGAACGAACGUCUGAAACUCUUAGAUUUACCCGUGACAUCCAUCUUGCUCGAGAGUGACUACGAGUUGCGUCGUUGCUCGGUUGCGUGUCCGUCGUGCACGCGGAAGGCGGUCGAGCUUAGCGUCGAGCGCUAUCGCGCCGCCGCAACGGCGUGA